AAACACCCCCUAAACCUAAUAUAGCAACUUUUCUUAGUCGAUGUUUAGGUUGUCUGAGAGUGCAUCUAAAGAAUCCAAACACCCCCUAAACCUAACAAAGGAGAACAUUUCUCCCCGCAGAAAUUAAGCCCCUUUUACGUUUCUCUUUUACCCUAAUUUUUGUUUCUAAGAUUCAAACAUCAUGGAGACUGAAGGACAGAGAAGCUCGUCGAAUCCUUCACAAGUCCUGACAUCUCUGAUGAGUAAAAGAGAGAAACUUCAAGAAGAGCUAAGAGGCAUCGAGAAGCAGGUGCAUGAGCUGGAAACAAGCUAUUUGCAAGACUCAAGUCAGGGUGGCAAUGUACUGAAAGGUUUUGAAGGGUUCCUAUCUUCAACUAAGAGCACCACAAAUCUAAAGCGCUCCAGGAAGUUCCAGCCUGAGGAUCGGCUGUUCUCGCUAUCAUCUGUUACAUCACCAGCAGUUGAAGAACAUAUGGUUGGACGAGAUGAUGGAAGGUCAGAUUUUGGUCUAGGCCGGUCAAAAGGCGCUGGUGCAAAUGGACAGGGAAAACCAAAGAAGGGUGGUGGGAGAAAUACACCCAGAGAUAUAAGGAGAAUCAGGCCAUCAAGUGAACAUGAUAUGGACGACGAAGAUGAUCUAGAUUUGAGCUUGAGAUGAUUGACUGGGUGUUUCUAGUUGCCAUUCUAUAGGCAUAGAAUUAUAUUACGGCGACAUGUGAAGGGGGCAAAUGUCAGCUAUAAAGAGCGAUUAACCAUGCACGAACAGCGCCAAGCAUCCACACAGACAAAAUUAGUCGAACCUCUGGGGUCAAGUAUAAGAAUCACCUUGAUGCGGAUUACCACUUGGUUUCUUAUAAUUCAGAAUUUUGUUCUUAACUUGGCCCCAGGGCGCCUUUUAGUCCCAGACUUGAUACAACCAACUUGUAAGCAGCUUGCUUGGUGUAGACUUUUUGUUUAGCUGCGACACACUGGCAUUUACUAUGAUGCUUCUUGCAGAUAUCCAAAUGGCCAGUUAACUUAUUUCAAGUAAACUCGGUGGUCUUCGUCAAUAUAAUCAUCAAG